ACGCGACGUGGCGUUGUACCGCUGCGGUUCAUCUCAACCGUGACGACUCUCACUCCAACUUGUCACGAUGCAGCUCCUCAACGUUCUCUUUGGCCUUCUCUUUGCUAUUGUUGUGGCUGCGCAAGACGCAGGAGCUCCGAAAGAGCUUGUCAUUGAGACGACUUACGCUCCCCCUGAGUGCCCCAUAAAGUCCCAGAAGGGAGACGUGGUCAAAGUUCACUACACCGGCAAGCUGUUCUCGAACGGCCAGAAGUUUGAUUCGAGUUUGGACCGCGGAACACCCUUCUCAGUGACGCUCGGUCAAGGCCGUGUCAUCAAAGGUUGGGACGAGGGGCUCUUGGGCAUGUGCGUGAACGAGAAGCGCACACUCACCAUCCCACCUAACCUGGCUUACGGCUCUCGCGGCGCUGGUCGUGGUGUCAUUCCCGGACACGCCACCCUCAUUUUUGACGUCGAGUUGGUCGAACUCGAAAGCAAGGGGCCGCGCGAGGAGCUGUGAUGGCUUGGGCAGCAUCUUCUGCACUCGAUGACUUAUUUGCAUAGAGUUACUUACUGAAGGGCCCAAGAAUGAUGUCUUAGUCCAUGUGCAGCGUCGCGAGUCAACCAAUCAUCGACUAGGGUGGCUUCAACAACAAACUAUCCAUUCCGAAGUGCGAUGUACAGCCGAAAACGACGUGCACGCAAAUAAAUAGCAAAAUACCCGCAAUCCUUUAGUUGACG